GAAGAGAUGAAUCUCGGCCGACCGAAUUGGGAGCAUCUUAAUGACCGAUUACACGUUCUACUCAUUGCCGAGGAUACAGAAGCCCGCGCCAAGGUUCGACUGGCUAGGGCCAAGGAGUGUAUCACACUUUUUCUUAACGAGGGCAACACACCGUUUCUCUUCUUUUCUUCAGUAUUUUGA